UAAGCAUGCGCCGCUACUGCACUGGGAUUCAACUGGAGAAAGGAUAAAGUGUCCAAACACAGAGAAAAACUCCUACUGAAGCGACUGAUCUCCACACUGUUAUAAAGAUGGCGUUUAUUAAAGAGGAGAGUGAAGAUGUGAAGAUUGAAGAAACAUUCACAGUCAAACAGGAAGAUCUGCAGGAACAAACAGCCCUGAUGGUGCUGAAAGAAGAGACUCAUCAACUGAAUGAAAUGGAGAAGAAACAGCUGUUUGAGAAACCCCAAGAAAUAACGACUGAUGAAAACCCCACACAGACUAAAAAGACUUCAUGCAGAAGACCUCGGAGAUCCAAAUCUGCGUGUAAUUUAACUUGUCGUCAAUGUGGAAACUGCUUCAGCCGAAAACGCAGCCUUCAAGUCCACAUGAGAAUUCACACCAGAGAGAGGCCUUUCACCUGUAAAGAGUGUGGGAAGAGUUACAGUCAAAAAUCAAACCUUAAUGUUCACAUGAGAGUUCACACUGGAGAGAGGCCGUACACAUUCCAACCGUGUGGGAAAAGCUUCUAUAAUACAGGAAACUUUGUAGCGCACAUGAGAAUUUACACUGGGGAGAAGCCUUACUCCUGCCAUCAGUGUGGUAGGAGUUUUAACCAAAAUGGCACCCUUGAAAUCCACAUGAGAACACACACUGGAGAGAAACCUUACAUAUGCACAGAGUGUGGUGAAGGUUUCAUAUGUCAAAGCGCACUCAAUUACCACAUGAUAAGUCACAGCAGAGAGAAGCCGUUUCCAUGUGAUCAGUGUGGAAAGAGCUUCAUAUGUAAAGCUAGCCUCAUGAACCACAUGAAUGGUCACACUGAAACCUUAGUAAUGUGAUUAGUGUGGAAAGAGUCUCACUCACAAAGACUCCAUUAAGCAACACAUGAUGAUUCACUCAGGAUAGGAUCGUUUAGAAGCCUCAGCGCUCACAUGACGCUUCACAAUGUCCUCAAAAUUGAGACCUUAUCCACACUCUAAGCCCAGAUAAGUUGAGUUUAUUCAAAAAAUAAGAGAAAACUGGUUGCAUUAAAAAUGUAAGUAAUGAAUACUUAAAAAAAAAAAAACUUGAGUGAGCUCUACUUAAAACAGACCCCCUAGUUUUUCAAAUUUUUUUGGGUGAUUUUUUUGCGAUUUAAAAAUGACUGAUUUUGUGGCGGUAAUUCCCAGAUAUUUGCGGAUAAUUUUGCCAUUAAAAAAAGUAUGGAGAUCUUUGAUCAUCUAAUCGCUGAUUUUAGCAAGUUGCAUGGGAUUGGCUAAAUUGACUAUUCUUUUAGGAUGAGUGAGCAGUUUGCAACCAGUCUAUUUGAAUAUUAGUUAAUCCUGCACCCUCUGACUAACUUCAGAGUGUCGACAUUCUGUCCGUGAGAAGACACGCAAACCCGGGGCAUGAAACUCUGAGCGGCGUUUGGUCCCUAAUGAACGUGUAACUGAAGAGUAAGGAAUCAAAUAUAAAUCAAAACUCUAAAUUAAGUCAUAGAUGAUGAAUGUGAUCCGUUCUUACAAUUAGAAAUACAGUCUAAAUUGUAUGAUCACUUAAAAUUGGAUUCAGAUUAAAUUCGGAGCUAAAAAAACGAAUAUAAAUAAAUUCUAAUAAAUAACAAAAUUCUUUUCAGAAGCACUAAAAAGGGCUUACAUGCAUUUAACCUAGUUUCAUCAUUGGGCUAAUAGAUGGACUUCUACACUUUCAAAUCUGUGUCUUAUCAAUAUGACCAAAAUUACUUUGAUCAAUUAUGUAAGAAACUCUGAAAACUGGACUGAUACAGUUUCAAUUUACUAUAACUUCUAUGUCAAGCGGUUUUGACACAAUUUACCUUGUAAAAGCACUAGAUAAAUAAAGAUGAAUUGAAUUGAAUCUGCUCAAAUGUGAACACGUUA